AUGGCUGAACAAAAUCCUUCAGAAAUUACUGAAGAUGAAGGAUCUCGUCAUCGUCGUGAACGUCGAGAAUUACAAUCAACAGUUCAACAAUUAAAAAAAUCAAUAAAUAAAAAUGAUAAAACACGAAAAAAGAAAAUCGAUAGUGAAAUAAAAGCUUUAGAAGAUGCAUUUGCUAAACGAUGGGAACAUUUUAAUGAAAAUAGUGCCGCAACUGAAGUAAAUGAAAUUGCAAUUACUACUCCUACUCAAUCAGAUGAACAUCCUCCUGAAACUGAUGAAAAACAACACCUGUCACGCAAGGCACGUCGAUUAGCGAAUAAAGAAAAGCGUCAUAAUGAAGCUAAUGAAAAUCAAGAAAUUAUCGACUAUGAUAAUCAACCAGAAGCAAUUCGUUGUCGUAAUGAAUCAUCAUCAAUUGAUGAACAACUAUUGAAACGUGGUCUUGAACUUCGUUCAAUAGCAUCCGAUGGAAAUUGUUUAUUUGCAUCAAUUAUUGAUCAAACAUCAGAUUUAACUGUUAGACAACUACGUGAAGUUGUUGCUGAUUAUUUGCGUAAACAUCGAAAUGAAUAUGAACCAUUUAUUGAUACGGAUUAUGAUGUUUAUUGUGAGAAAUUAGCUAAAGAAAAUAUUUGGGGUGGACAAGUUGAAUUACAAGCUUGUGCAAAAAUUUUACAGAGACCUAUUGAAAUUAUUCAAGGAAAUGGAAAUGAACCAAUUAAGAUUGAUUGUUCAUCAUCAACGAAAGCACCAAUUGUUAUAACAUACCAUCGAUAUUUGUAUGCGAAUGGUGAACAUUAUAAUAGUACAAUGCAUACUGAAGAGAAAACUGAUGAAUAA